AUGAACGGGGAUCUCAGUCUCUCCCAGGCUCUCGGAGGCUUGCGCAUAGCUAACCCCGACGAUGCCACUCAGCAAGCCCUGGCAUCCCCGACUUUCGAUACGAACCAACAGCCCACGACCGCGUCAGCAACCACCGAGGUCCUCCCAUAUACACAACCGUCAACCGACGACAACUCACCUUCCGCUCCCACCACCCAGCCUCCUACACAGCAAGUCUCACAACAUCAUCCGUCUGGAUAUUCGACACAAGCACAGCUUGAUGAUACCGAAUCCCAUACCACUUCGCGGGUAGAGCCACACUACCCAUCACGCCAUCCUAGCCAGAGGGAGUCCCCUCUCGGGUACAGUUCAUCACGAGGUGGAGUCUACUCGGGAAAUGGCCCUCUUCCCAUAAGACGAAGCUCCAAGGGAAUGGCUGGGGGCCACAAACCAGCCGCCCAAGGGCCUCACGCCCCGUUUUCAGGGGAUGCGCCCGUUCCGACUACGAGCGCAGAGUGGCAGGAGCGUGGCGCUGCCGUCGGCGUCCGAAGAGAAGUCGAUGCCAAUGGUCGCACCAUUGUACGGCAGGUUAAAAAGGGCGUCCGCGACUUCUCGUUCAGCCGUGUGCUGGGUGAGGGGUCUUACAGUUCUGUUUAUCUGGCGACUGAUCGGCAGACGCUAAAGGAAUACGCCGUCAAAGUCCUAGAAAAGAGGCACAUCAUCAAGGAGAAGAAGAUUAAAUAUGUCAAUAUCGAGAAGAACACCCUGAAUCGGCUCACGGAGCAUCCUGGGAUUGUCCGACUCUACUACACCUUCCAGGACGAAACUUCACUCUACUACGUACUCGACUUGUGCAGCGGCGGCGAGCUGCUCGGCGUGCUCAAGAAGACGGGAAGCUUUGAUCUUGAUUGUACCAGGUUUUACAGUGCUCAAAUUUUGGAUUCAGUCGAGUAUAUGCACUCUCGUGGCGUCAUACAUCGAGAUUUGAAGCCUGAGAAUGUGCUUCUCGAUGAUCAGAUGCAUGUCAAGAUCACCGAUUUCGGGACGGCGAAGCUCUUGACAGACCCACGAGAAGCCAGAAAUCCGGACUCCAAAGGAAUUCCUGACACAGGUCGCGAGGAGGCCGGAAACGAUGGCCGUGCUGCGUCAUUCGUCGGCACCGCAGAGUAUGUGAGUCCUGAGCUUCUCACGAAUAAGAACGCCUGCAAGGCUAGUGAUCUGUGGGCGUUUGGUUGCAUCGUCUACCAGCUCCUCGCUGGCCGGCCGCCAUUCAAGGCCGGCAGCGAGUACCUCACUUUCCAGAAGAUCGUCAACCUGGAAUACGACUUCCCUCCCGGCUUUCCGCCCGCUGCCCGCGAUCUGAUCGAGCGGUUGUUGGUUCUCGAUCCUGCAAGGCGCCUUACUAUCGAGCACAUCAAGAAUCAUGAAUUCUUCGAUGGCCAGACCUUUGGAAAAUCUCUUUGGCGUACAAAGGCUCCCCGGCUCCGCCCCUACAUCCCCUCUGCCUCUGAGCCCGCAGUCAUUCAGCUCAAUGGGGCCUCCCUCAACGGCAGUCAAUCGACCUCGCAUCCGCACCCAACCGGUCUGCCACAAGUGAAUCCUUCAUCCAGCAGCACUCGCCCGUCGCGCAUUAUCACCGAGCUGCCCCCUCCCACUCAACUCGAUAUCGAAUGGUCACCUGUCCUGACAAAGCCUAACGAAAGGAUAUUGCGACUGGGUGACCUCAUGGUGAUUUCAUCGCCGUUGCCGAGUGGCUCAAAUGGCAAGGGAGAAGAUGGCCAUAAGAAGCUAUCGCGUUUUUUUGGCGGCAGUACGACCAAGAAGCGCCAGAGGCUGGUCAUCAUCUCCUCAGGUGGCCGUAUCAUUUUUGCCCCCGCAGGUGGUGAGGACAAACGCACCAAGCAAGAGCUGUCCUUGCUGUCACCCGACUGUUCAUGGAAAACCCAACGCGACGCCAAAGGUCAACUGGUUUGGUGCGUUGAUACGGGCGGCCAACAUUAUACCUUCGAAGAUACAAAGAACUCUAGCAGUGUCGACGAACAACGUGCAUCCGCCGAUGAAUGGGUUGAAUGCCUGGAACGUGCAUGCGAUUAUGCAACCUCACAAAACAUGAACCCUUCAUACAAUGGCGAGAAUGGAUUUGGGGACAUGACAUCAGCCAUGUCGAGCCCCUCGAGCAGUACCUUGGGAGGACGUGGCAACGGCGGCCAUGAAGUUUUCGGGGUGAGUGACCGGUACGGUCGGGGCCAUAUGGGCAAGAGCCAAGUGAGCCUCGAUGACCCAAGUCCAGCCCCCAAAAGGAAUCGCUUUAGCAAGAGACAGUCACGUAAUGGUCUGGAAUCGGCCUUUUGA